AUGUUUUUCGUCCGCACUGUGCUUUUGGCGCUGCUAAAUGUCUCCGCCAUUGCACGGAGAUGGGAAGAUGUUAUCGCUGUCUCAAUUUACGCUCAAUCGCAUGUUGAUAUUGCAAGACUUCAAUUUUCUCUAGAGGAUGACCCUUUGUCCAGAGUCCCUGCCGCGCACCCUACUAUCAUAAUAGAGGAGAGUAUGCCCCCGAGCGACGCACCAUCUGCAGUCCCCUCAGCUUAUCGCGCCGACAUUGAACUGGAAAGAGAUGCUGGCCAGCAACAGCAGCAACAGCAGCAACCCAGCAAUCAGGCAGUUUGCCUUGAAGGGGAAUCAUUCUACAAUUUCAAGCGGUUCGAUACACAGGGAGAAGAAACGCUCAUCUCCAUUCGACAAGUCGGAAAGAUCGAUGAUGAAGGCAUGGAAGACGAACGGAACUACAGAGGGUCCUUGCCCACUUCCUCCGAUACGUACAGUCCCUUCGUCCUUCGAAGUAGCAUGGAUGGUGGUGAUUUUGACGUACAAGCUCUAUGUCUGUCUUACUCAUCUUGCUACGAAGUAAGGCUUCAAGGCGGGACAUGGCAGGACGCCAUGUGGGAGAUCGUUCCGUUUUCCUUGGAAGCGGGGACCGGAAGCAACGAGCUUGACGUCGUUGCAAAGGGACGUGGCUUUGCGAAUUGCACAUUCCCGUCAACACCAGAUUUAUCAGGGACGUCACAUUGUCAGUCUACAUGCCAUGCAACAGCUUUGGCGACCACGAACUCCGCCACCCAGACAGACGAUUCACGGGGUACCGGUACAAGCCCAAAUAGAGGCGGAUUCAAUCGUAGCCCAUCAACUGCUUCACCAAGGGCUCCCUCUUACGCUCCAAGUGAUUUCCCAUCGUUGGUCCCAACAAUGUAA